AGUUUUCAUUUAAAUGGUCAAGCUUUAGGAUUUUCUUCCAUACACUUAAAAGUGAGAGCUAUACUGCAUGAAUCCGCAAUUGCUGGCCAUGGCAGUAGGAGGAUUACUGCUUACGAUGUAGUUUAUUCCUUAAAUUAUGUUUUGUUGUGCUGUUCUAGGAGACUUAUCAUCCUGCAGCAAGAUACAGCGUUUAUUCAUGGACAAUAACCAGCUGAUUAACACUAAGGUAAUGUGAAGGUCAAAAUGUUAAAGCCCACCGAUUUAUAGUCGGUCAGUUCAUAUUGUUCUUAGCCUGUUUCAGGCGUUCAGAUUAUGGGGACGGCCGAAGAGCGCGGUAUGACCAGGAAAACCCAGUAAGGGGUGGGGUAGGGGGUAAAAAAUUGGCUAUGUUUUUCUGUGCUGACUAACUUGGUUACAUAGCUGUGCAUGUGAGUCAGUACACUUCCUCAAGUCGACCUCUCAUGAGUUCUUAAAAGUGAGUGAAGCGAGCUUCAAUGUAUGAGUCUCGAGGUCGACUUGUUUCGACGGAAUGAAUUUGAAUCACAUUAUAAAUUCAUGCGGGAAAAAAAAGGUUGACAUAUGCUGUGUCGGAAGUGGUUUGAAAUAUCACUGUCUGUCCUAUUGAACAAUUGUCAUGACGUCACCGGUAGAAUUUCUCACCGCUGAAUUACGCGUCAAACAGAUAUGAAAAGUCCUUUAAAAUGGCAUAACCAACUAGAAAAAAAGAUAAUAAAAAUGAAGGACUUUUAGAAAGUCUAGUGACUCAGAUACGGCGUAUUGAAUGGCCAUGAUUUUAAUGUAAAAACAAUAAAUUCUAUGUUAAAACCAAGGUAUUACUAUUGGUUCAAUUUUUUCCACCACAGGGUUUAUCCUGCCUUACGAAUUUGCAACAUCUCAGCCUUGCACACAAUCAUCUGUCCCGCGUUUAUGAUAUAGAUAAGGCCAUGCUGCUUCAAACUUUGAAUCUUCAAGCUAAUAAUUUGCAAGAGGUAAGUUCAAGUUGAUAUUGUUGUUCAUUGAUUUUGGUAUGGAUGACCUUGUAAUCACCAUUGUCAUAGCUGUCAUCUUCAUCAUCAAUUUGGAUGCCCUUGAUGAGGCUGGUUCUCGCCCGCCGCAAAUCUACCUGCGUUAUAGCUGCCCGUUUCUCGGCAGUGUAACAACGAAAUUUUAUAACGCCUUGUGAACUUGAAUAUGGUCCCUUGAAGUUCAAAUUCAGGAGGGAAGACUGAAAUACUGAAAGAACGCAAAUUCACUUCUGAAGGGACGUUCUCGUUGCUGUCGCGUCGUUGGAUCUUAAAGUCCCUAAUAGGGAGCUUAAACAACUACGAAGGCGACGGUUAACGGGAACGUCAAAAGAGCAGCUGUAAGUUUGAUAAAUAUACAACAACAACUCUAAACAAACAUCACGCUUUUCGGUACAUUUCUUUGUCGUCAGUGCACGACCGUGACCUCUCGCGAAAUAUUCUAAUGCGAUGUUUCGUGGAGGACGUAAAACACCACGGCAAUUUUUUUCUUUCUUUUUCUAAAAUUUGUUUCGGAUCGUAAGGGUGCUGCUCGGGGACAAUUUACCCUCAUUUGGUGAAUUAGGAAGUUGGAAUAAUCGCAAAAUAUGAAAGAACAGAAAUACCCUUUUAAAGCGGCGUUUUCACUGCCGUCGCCGUUGUGGUUUCUUAACAUAUCACAGUUACUGUGAUUUGAUCAUCACUUUUAACUUCGCUCUGAUAUUAAUUCAUGGUGAUAAUCAGUGUCGUUUGAAUAAUUAUUAUCCUCAUCGUUAACUUUGUCUUUUCCUCUUUAUCACUAUCGGCACCACUGAUAUAUGUUAUGGUUUAACUUUAUACUUCGUCUUGGCUUAGAAUUUGUUUCCCUUUGUUUUGGGGUAUGGUAAUGUAUGAUAAUGAGUUUAAAACAAAGGAAAAUAAAAUUUAAACCAAGGAUGAAAUUGAACCACAACAGAUAUACCUUGAAACGUUCAACGCAUGAGGGCUCGAGUUAGGUUUGUUAUCCUUUGGUUGCCAAAACGUUUUCGAUCUGGUCUCUUACAGCCUCCUCAGCUAACAAACUGUGUCUUGUUGAGGGAGCUCAAACUCGAUGAUAACAGCAUUUCUUCCCUGGAUUCCUUGUCAAGUGCUUGGCUUCCGUUGCUUCGUUGUCUUAGCGUCAGUCAAAACAGGUGUGUCUGCUUAUAUCCGUAUUCCAUGCUUAACUGAGAAGAAGCACUUAUGUGAAGUGGGGGAGGGCGGGGGCGCUUGUUUAAUUUAGCAAAAACGAUGGUAUCAGUUCUCCAUGAAGAACUAGAAUACAAAGUGGAGAAGCUCAAGUACAAGAGGUUGGAGGUCAUGCAACCAAUGAUCAAAAACAAAUCCGAACUUUCAGCUGGCAAAUAAACCGUCCUGGAUCAGGCCACACCAAGUUUCACAGUCGUGAUUGAUUAAUACAGUCUAUCAUGACUAUCAUUGAUUAGUAAAUACUGUAAUGAUAAGGAUGAAGAGGGGGGAGGGGGCUUAUAGAGAUGGGGGGGCUUAUUAGACUGUUCACAGUUCUCUAUUUUUCCGUAAGAUCGUGGAGAUCGAGCGCUUUGCGUUACUUACUGCCAUCUUCAGUGAGUGUCAAAAAUACUUAGGGGGCGGAGGGCGGUUUGGGAGGAAGCGAGAAAAAUUGUUCCCCCCCCUCCCACUAGGGCUAUGAUGCCCGACGCCCGCCCCCUCGGUACAUGUGAAAAUCAAGAUGGCCGUCAUUGACGGUAAGACGCGCUAUAUUUAAACGAUUACACGAAAAAAUAGGGGACUCACUGCGAAUAGUCUAGGGGCUUAUUAACUUUCUUCCACUGAAAAGGGAGGACUUUCUUGAGAGAUAAGGCUUAUUUGAGAGGGGGGAUUAAUAGAGGGAUUUACGGUACUUGAUGUUGUUCUGCUUCUCCUGAGUACUCAGAAGUGUUGAUUUUAUUCUUAUUCUUUACUUGCAUACAUUAUUGUUUACUCAAUUAUUUCUGGUAUUUAAUUUGUACCUUUGAGUAUUGUAUACGUAUAUAUUGAUGAUUGUUGCAUUUAGUAUUUAACUAUAAUUGCUGAGAUAUCUGUAGAGAUUUUACCGAUGAAAUAAAUGUAGAUCAUGUAGAUGCUCUACGAGCGAGCCUGUCCUGAAAAUCAACCUAUUCUCACUAAAACACUGUCUAUAUAUCUUUCAUCUACCAUGUGUUGUGUUCAUGUCUAAUUAAGUUUAUUACCACUAGCUCGCUGUUAUUAGGUCCUAGGUUCAACAGUUACCUUGUCAAACUUGACAACAUCCUCACCUGGGUAGAAAGCGUCAUAAGAAGCGCAUGUAUUUAACAAAUGUAGAAUGUUCAAAACUCAACUGAAACCGUGCGCGGCGUGGGGGUUGUCUCAGUCCAACAUUUUUGGUUUAUUAGAGUGUAAGCAAUGCAAAAUUGAUGUCUUUGCGUCUUUUUUUUUUACAAUAGCACCGAAAUUUAACAUCUGUUUCCGGUCCGGCGAAGUAUCUUGGACAAUAGCGUGCGAGAGACGAAAACAAAUUAGGCAAUCAUUACGUCAUUUCCAUGUUCUCUUCUCUGCUAGACUAAAGCUUUCAACCAAUGAGGAUGAGAAAUCACUCAGUUAUGUUGAAAAUACAUAUGGGCUGUAAUGGGCCGGACCUUUGAGUGUCUGUUUAAAUCUGUACUGUCACAGUUAACCGCUGAAUGUAUUGUGGUUUUUGCAUACAGUAUUUCCCAGUUAUCUCCUCUUGGUAACUUGAUCAUGUUGGAUUCUUUGGAUAUCAGCAAUAAUCUUAUAUCAGGUAUGAAACUGGCAUGCAUUGAAGCAAGACAGUAGAUCGUUUUCAUAUGACGUCAUGGCGACCAUAUUGGUGUACAAAACGAUGAAAUGGUAGCCAUUAGGGUGUAUUUUUAGUACACCCCUUCCUCUCAAUCCCCUACCUCUUUCGACGCCUGCUACGCAGACUAACCAAUAAAAUGCUGUGAUGAUUGAACUCUUUUCUCAUGUAAAAUAUUCUUUUGUUACGAGAAAUUUGCAUAGCCGUUGAUCACCUGACAACAAAUAACAGCAACUGAAAGUUAAUCGGUAACCCUUCCACUCUCAAAGAUUGUCUUGGAAUCAUGUGACAGACUUGUACCUUUUGUGCCUGUGAACAAAAUCCCAUGUAGUUUCACUUUUUGUUGCUGUAUGGAAUGUUUCUUUUUGAUGUUGUUGUUGUCUUGAGGCCAUUACUUGUAAAAGCGCUAAAAAUAAUCAAUAGUGCUUCGCACGUUAAAAAAGGUAUUAAAUGAAAAAAAAAAUGAAAAAAGUUCCGUGGAAAGCAUGUAGUAAAAAUGAUCACCAAACUCUCUAGGACCACUGGAGUAAAAAAUAGAAAAAUGGAGUGAAUCAGCUUUUGAUAAAAAAACUUUUUUGCCGUUACCAUUUUUUAACGUCUUACCGUUAUGAUUUGACGAUUAUAUUCAGUGAGUCUUCGUUUUGGACUACAUAACAUACCUCGGGAAGCGAUGGGCAAGGACGACGACCAUUUACACUAAGGGUCGUGCUUAAGUCCUGUUGCUCUAGGCAAUCUUCGGUGUAAUUUUUUAAGUGCGUUUUUUUGGGUGAGUAGGGAGCGGAGAAAGGCGUGCCCUAGAAUUGUGAAAUUCUCACAGUCACGGCGACGGCGUAAUGGUGGAGCGUGGGAGACCCCACCCCCACGUGGACCUUUUUCCUUCUGCUCAUCCUCUUGAUCGCACUUUUUGCUUACAUCGACCUUCCUCUUCUUUCAAAAUCCAAGAUGUUCACGGCAGAAACUGUGUGACAAGUUGUAAGAACCAUUCCCAAAGUGUAACAGGGUAUUAGGCGUUAUAUUAGAGAGCUUAAGCAGGAACGUUUUUGAGCGAGGCACAUCAACCAGAUGUGAGCUUUUUUUCUCUUCAAUAUGCCUUGACGCCACCAAUUUUGUAUGGCUAAGUGUCUUUACUCUUUUAGAGACUAUUUGCCCAAAAACCUGUUCAAAAUAAUGGCUCAAGUGUGCAAAAAACAAACAUUAUGAUGAGAAGAUGGAAUCAUAAUGUCAUUUUAUUUCGAGGCAUUUCCCGUUUCUUAUCAGCAGUGUGCAGGCGGUGGUUCCCUGGCCAAUCAGGAGAUCGAACGUGUUUAGUGCUGUAUAAAAGACUUGUUAUGUGUUUCGCACGGCCCUUCCAACUAUUACCAUCAGCCUGUACUAGUGACAUCCCUUUGACGCUAAGUUGAAAAUUUUUCCCACCACCCCCCCAGUCUCCGACCUGCCACCGUCUACAUCUUCUUUUAGUUUUAUCGUCUUUAGUUUGUCGCAAGUAUUUGCUAAUUUGUGGCGGAUUUUUGUCCCCACCUUUCCUGAAGAGAUGUUAAUUAGUUAGUUCUAUCAUUGGUUUCAAUUAAAAACGUCACGCUUGUGGCCAUUUAUCCCAAACAGUUGAGAUUCUUGCUCGGGUCAUCUCUUCAGCAAACCAGUGCGCCACCAUGCGGAGCUCUCGAUCGUUUUCGUAAAUUCGGUUUGGGAAGACUCGCAAUAAAAGUCCACUUCCGAUUGACGUGCUUUGCUUAAAAACGUCGCUGCUUAAACUCCCUAUUUGAUUGUUAUCAACGUAGAAAUUAAAGGAAACAAAGCCUCAUGUGGGGCUUGAUUGUAUUUUUUUGUUCUGUUUUGUUUUUAGAAAAUCUUAAGUGACGUUAUAUAUAUGUUUUCAGACACAGAUAGCCUUAUUCCAGGACUUCAAGGUUGUAACAGGUUGAAAACAUUAAAGAUCGAAGGAAACCCCGUACAUGAAGAUCCAGAUUGCAGGUAACAGUAGCGAGAAUACUAUUUGAAAAACUUUGUUUCGUAAUUUUUGUUGAAGGGGCUAUAAUCAUGGUUCGCACGGGCCUGGAAUACUCCUUGAAAAACUGUUAGGUCCUUGAAAACUCCUUGAAAAUGAUUUUCUCCUUGAAAACUCCUUGAAUUUGAAGAAGCAGUGCUUGAAUUUUAUGCAAAAGUCCUUGAUUAUUGAGGAUACAGCAAAAUAAGUUAAUUUUGACAUCAAAAGACUGAAAAUAUUGCGUUAACAUCUAACAUCAGUUGAGAAACGCAUUUAUCGUCUCAAAAACGGCGAAGCUUUUUGUAGCAGGACAAUUCAGUGGUUCUUAUUCAAAGUAUCUAAGUAACCGCACCUUCAAUGGGGUUUCCUAGGUGUAUUCUACAGCCCCCCUCUAAGCAAAUUAAACCACGAGGGAAAUGUAGCUCAAAUCUAAAAGUGUGAAAUUUAUUCGACUCUGGUCCUGUUUAUUGUGUCUUAAAUGAAUUCAAAAGGUAAAAGAGGAGACUGCAUUUACAAUCGGCGGUGGGAACUUGAUGAAGUCAAAAAGAAGAAGAAGUGAAUUGAUGCUGAAAUAAAGUCACUCAAUGACACAGCCGAUGAACUUUGUACCAAAGCAGAGGCUACUGCUAAGUUAACAUUUGUCACUCAGGCGAAUGCUUUGAGGCGAUCUGCAAAGGACAAACUUAAUGAUCUUGUUUCCUUAGACAAAAAAUUAAGUUCCAUGCUGGAAAAGCUGAAGGAAUGAUUCUAUAGAAUCCUAUCCUUUGGUUGUACCACAUUAUUUGUUCUUACAGGAAUUGCUUUUUUGGAGUGACUGUAGAAAAAAUGUGAUAUCGUGCCUGUGGAAAUGGACUCCUUGAAUAUUAUUAAAAGUCCUUCAAAAGUCCUGGAAAAGUCCUUGAAUAAAUGGUCAUCAAACCUGUAUGAACCAUGAUAAUGUAAGGCCUAAAUGUUAUAAACGACCCUAAAUGUAAUAACAUUUUGUCCUAAUUGUGAUAAAGUCCUGACUGUAAUAACGUUAGGCCUUAAAUGUAAUAAACUCUCAAAUAACCGCCGCCCGCGAACACGCGUCGCACUCUAGGUGUACAAUAAAAAAUAUUAAUAACAUUAAUAUUUAGUAGUAUAAUCGCUUACUUGCUAUUAAAUCGGAUUUAAUUUUAGCCUGUAUUCUGUCCUCUUUGUGCGAUAAACGCUACAUUACAUAAAAGUUCAUAAAAAGCUCCUUACUUCAACCUUGCCAUGUUUUAUUCAUGAAUUUUGGUACAGUUUUUUAAUAUCCUUCGGAAUUAAGUGCAUUCAACAGUGUGUUGAUGACAUCACGUUUAUUUUGGCAUAUGACUUAUGUCUCGCAUUAGUCACGUGGUUGUUGUAAUCAGUUGGUCAUGAUGUUUAAAAUGAUUUAUCAAAGCUGUAACAUUAAGACCCAUCUCAAAAUUUGGUGAAACAUAAAAGGGAUCGCUAAAAACAUUAUAAGGAGGUAUUAAUUUUAUAGCAAACACAAACGUAGGCAUGGAUGGACAAGCUUAAAGAAGAUUAAGACGGAUUGAAAUUGUGGGUUUUUGAAAAUUUGUUAGCCUAAGAGUAUAUCAUACUUUAUUUUCUUUGUUUGUAAUGUUUGAUUUGAUACAAUAUUGGUAAGUAUAUUUCAAAUGGAGAAGGUACUGUAAUUCUGUCGUUUACGAGUGAUUUAUUUGUUAAUAAAAGAUCCAUAAUGUAUAAGAAAGCGCGCCGUAUUUACUCGGAUAAGCGCCGCGGCGCUUAUUUGAGGGUAGCGUUUAUUUUCAAGAAAGUUCGACGCGACAAAGAAUUGUAUAAACUAUGGUAUUAUUACUUUCCAUAUUUAACUAACAGAAUUAACGUCUUUUUAUUUGAUUUUAUUAUUCGUUCAAAAUAUUUCUCCGUUUCUGAUUGGCUAAAAUAACACGCAUAUUCCUGGUAACCAGCUACUGUUGCCCAAAUUUGGAAGAAUUUUGCAAUAUUGAACCGAUGACGUCAAAAGUGCAGCAAAGUUGCAGAUUAUUGAAACUUUAACCGAGAAGACCUGGGGACGAGGUUGAGUAAUUUCGGUAGUGAACGUUUCAGUCGUUUCCGAGGUAGAAGUAGGCGAACUUUUGGCUAAAAACAUAGCAAGAACAGCGAGAAGACAACACAAACGACGACAUCUGCUAUUUGGAGAAUAUUUGUGGAGUUGAACAACCCUCUAUCUCUCGAUUAACGUGCGCUAUCGAAGAUGAACUUAACGUCGGUGAUGGUAAGCCUGUCUUAGCUUGUUUUUAAAGGCGAAUCUGAAGAAGGUAUGAAGGAUUGUAGACACACUGAAUUCUGCAAAGCUGAUCGUACUACGUGAAAAUUAACUUUGCAAGGCAUCAACACGACCUAGAAAGAACCAAAAAAAAGAGCGUGGUCUCAGCCGUAGAAGGCUGUUUCGCCCUUUUGGCAGCUCUUCAGUACGGCGCAACGAACAGAGAUGCUCUGCUGUAAACUUCCGCACACUCUGUGUUAAAGCCCAAACAUUGAAGGAUUAUACUCAGAUUUUCCCUUAAAACUAGGGGCCCCACGUUUUUCAAGUUUGCCUCCUCGUAAGUAAUGAAAGUAAGUCAAAUCAUUAAAGAUACCAUUACCUACGUCAUUUUAUUCUUUUGAAAACGUGUUUCAGUGCAUUGGUAUUGGAACAAUUGUCAUGUCUUAGAUGGCUGGAUGGCGAGAAUCUCUCCGGAAAAGGACAGGUAUGAUUACUGUAGAGAUCAUAUUACAGUUUAGCCUGCGUGGCCAAAAAAAAGCGCGAAAGCGGGGAAAAGGAAAGUGAGUCCCGUUCUCUCUCUCCCCAAUCCCCCUCCCUUUUCCCCUCCUCCCUAUCCCUUACCCCUUUCGACGCCUGCUACUCAGGCUAAUUAGAGUUUGCCACAAUUUAGUUUGUGCCGCGUGUGCGAAAAAUUUUGAAGGCUGGAAACUUCUUCUCCUCUAUUUUCUGUGAACGGUUUUUCUUGUUGUUUGCCUCACGAUGGUUACGUUUUACCGAUGGCGACCUUUUGACCGCCUACUCUACUCUUUCCUCUGUUUCCUGCAAACAAUUGUCUAUCGUUUGCCUCACGAUCGUCUCUUUGUAAUUGAUGGCGACCUUUUGACUACUGGUCUUCAUCAGCCAAUGGUGUUGAUUGGAUGUGCGGAACUACCAGGGACUAUCAUCACCAUACCGUCGCGAUCAGUAACAAAGUGACCAUCGUGGGACAAAGGAUAAACAAACCUAUCAGAAAAAAAAACGGCCGAGGUGUGAGAGAGGAACGGUUAACACCUCGAAUUUCGAGUCUGUCGACUAGGUUCAAGCCUUGCCGUCACUUUGUCAGACUUGCCACAAGUCGACUGCGUGAGCGCCGAAGGCGCGAGCCAGGGACGCUCGAGAAGCGACCGAAAGCGAGCGACGAAGUCGCACUAGCAGAAAGCGGAAGCGGGCUUUCAGCCGACUGACCACCUAACCAGCAGAAACCGGAAACGGUUUCAAACGGGCUUGAGAAAGUCUAUCUCUUUGUUUCCUUAUCCACAAUACUUUGCGCCGUUUUGUCUCUCUUCAGCCAGGUGUACGUACUGCUGGGGGUAAGACUGCAAUGAACUGGCGUAAAGAUGAAUGACACUUUUCUUGCAUUUCAUUUUAUUUUAUUUGGAGUAUCUGAGCUCGUACGAGAUCGUAUAGGAAUACAUUUGGACGAAGAACAGGUUUUUUCAGUAAGCCAUAAAAUGUGACGAAACCUAACCUAUUACUUAAGUUUUUUUGAGACUCCAUACUCCAAAAGAUACUUUCUUGGAAAGCCUUUUAUUGUUUCCUCCUUGUGUUGUACAAAAAAUAGUAACGUGGAAUUACUACGUGUUAAGAAACAAUAAACAUUCUUUUUACUUGACAAGUGUGAACUAAAUCAAAAGGCUUUCAUUUUAUUGAGUUAGAAUGAUGUCUUUCCUGAAAAUGAGAUGACGAAAAUUCCAUCAUACCGGCCAUGUACAAAGCAAUAACACAGAAAUGAGUGAAAGAGUUUGAUACUUAUACAGUCUAAACCGGCAAAAGUCAGUAUAGUAGCCUGUGUACAGUCGUCGUCCCUCCCUCAGAAAAAAUCGGGAGAGGAGACGUCUGUGAAUCGCCGACGAUAAUCGUGUUCCCGUUUCCCUGGAAUGUUGGGGACAGCCUCUGAUUGGUUG